UGACUUCUGUUCAGCACUUGAACAGUGAGGUUGGAAAAGGUUGGAAAGCCCUUUGACUCUCCAGUGAAGUUUAUAGUUUCUUCUGUCUUCCUAAAAUUCACAUUCACAGGCUGUUGGCUGCAGAUUGUUAUUACCAUGUCUGAUUCAGUAAUUCUUCAAAGUGUGAAGAAAUUAGAAGAAAAUUAUGGCUUUGAGUCAGACAAAUCAAUUAAUAAUAAGAAUACAAGGUUACAAGAUGAGAAGAAAGAUGAUGGUAUUCGAGUUGGCUUCUUUCAGUUGUUUCGUUUUUCUUCAUCGACUGAAAUUUGGCUGAUGCUUGUGGGAAGUUUAUGCGCAUUUCUCCAUGGAAUAGCCCAGCCAGGCGUGCUACUCAUUUUUGGCACAAUGACGGAUGUUUUUAUUGAUUAUGACACUGAAUUACAAGAACUCAAGAUUCCAGGAAAAGCGUGCGUGAAUAACACCAUAGUGUGGACCAACAGCUCUCUCAACCAGAACAUAACAAAUGGAACGCGCUGUGGAUUGCUGGACAUUGAAAGUGAAAUGAUCAAAUUUGCCAGUUACUAUGCUGGAAUCGCGGUCGCGGUCCUCAUUUCAGGUUAUAUUCAAAUAUGCUUCUGGGUAAUGGCUGCAGCUCGUCAGAUACAGAACAUGAGAAAAAUUUACUUUAGGAGAAUAAUGAGGAUGGAAAUAGGAUGGUUUGACUGCAAUUCAGUGGGGGAGCUGAAUACAAGAUUCUCAGAUGAUAUUAAUAAAAUCAAUGAUGCCAUAGCUGACCAAAUGGCCAUUUUCAUUCAGCGCAUGACCACGACCAUCUGUGGUUUCCUGUUGGGAUUUUACAGGGGUUGGAAACUGACCUUGGUUAUUAUUUCUGUCAGCCCUCUGAUAGGGAUUGGAGCAGCCAUCAUUGGUCUGAGUGUGUCUAAGUUUACAGACUAUGAGCUGAAGGCCUAUGCCAAAGCAGGGUCAGUGGCUGAUGAAGUCAUUUCAUCCAUGCGAACAGUGGCUGCUUUUGGUGGUGAGGAAAGAGAGGUCAAAAGGUAUGAGAAAAAUCUUGUCUUUGCCCAGCGUUGGGGAAUUAGAAAAGGGAUAGUGAUGGGAUUCUUUACUGGAUACGUGUGGUGUCUCAUCUUCUUUUGUUACGCUCUGGCCUUCUGGUACGGCUCCAAACUGGUCCUGGAUGAAGGAGAAUACACACCAGGAGCCCUCGUGCAGAUCUUCCUCAGUGUCAUAGUAGGAGCUUUAAACCUUGGCAAUGCAUCUUCUUGUUUGGAAGCCUUUGCAACUGGCCGUGCAGCAGCUGCCAGCAUUUUUGAGACAAUAGAUCGGAAGCCCAUCAUUGACUGCAUGUCAGAAGAUGGUUACAAAUUGGAUCGAAUUAAGGGUGAGAUUGAGUUCCAUAACGUGGCCUUCCACUAUCCUUCCAGGCCAGAGGUGAAGAUUUUAAAUAAUCUCAACAUGGUCAUUAAACCAGGGGAAAUGACGGCUCUGGUAGGAUCCAGUGGAGCCGGGAAAAGUACAGCUCUACAGCUCAUUCAGCGAUUCUACGACCCCUGUGAAGGCAUGGUGACUUUGGAUGGUCAUGAUAUUCGCUCUCUUAACAUUCAGUGGCUUAGAGAUCAGAUUGGAAUAGUGGAGCAAGAGCCCGUUCUGUUCUCCACCACCAUUGCAGAAAAUAUUCGCUAUGGCAAAGAAGAUGCAAAGAUGGAAGAUAUAGUCCGAGCUGCCAAGGAAGCCAAUGCUUACAACUUCAUCAUGGACCUGCCACAGCAAUUUGACACUCUUGUUGGUGAAGGAGGAAGCCAGAUGAGUGGUGGUCAGAAACAGAGAGUAGCCAUUGCCAGAGCCCUCAUCCGCAACCCCAAGAUCCUGCUUUUGGACAUGGCCACAUCUGCUUUGGACAAUGAGAGUGAAGCCAUGAUUCAGGAAGCACUGAGUAAGAUUCAGCACAGGCAGACGAUCGUUUCGGUUGCCCAUCGCCUGUCCACCGUCAGAGCUGCAGAUGUCAUCAUUGGUUUUGAACGUGGCACCGCUGUGGAAAGAGGCACCCACCAAGAACUAUUAGAAAGGAAAGGUGUUUACUUCACUCUCGUGACUUUGCAAAGUCAAGGAGAUCAAGUGCUUAACGAAGAGGAUGUGAAGGGAGAAGAUGAGAUGGAAAGUGACGUACCUGAGAGGACCUUUAGCAGAGGGAGCUACCAGGACAGUUUAAGCUACCUAAAGCCAAAGAGUAUAUGCUCAGUCUAUGUUUGUGUGUGUAUUUGGAUGGUUGAUGCAACCUUCUCUCCCUUCAAGGACAAAGAUACUCCUGUGGAAGAGGAAGUUGAACCUGCCCCAGUUAGGAGGAUUCUGAAAGUCAACGCUCCGGAGUGGCCCUACAUGCUGGUGGGGGGUGUGGGUGCAGCUGUUAACGGAACAGUCACUCCCCUCUAUGCCUUUUUAUUCAGCCAGAUUCUCGGGACUUUUUCACUCCCUGAUAAAGAGGAACAAAGGUCACAGAUCAAUGGUGUGUGCCUACUUUUUGUAGCAGUGGGCUGUGUAUCCCUUAUCACCCAAUUUCUGCAGGGAUAUGCUUUUGCUAAGUCUGGGGAGCUCCUCACAAAAAGGCUACGUAAAUUGGGUUUCAGGGCUAUGUUGGGACAAGACAUUGGCUGGUUUGAUGACCUCAGAAAUAGCCCUGGUGCAUUGACAACAAGGCUUGCUACAGAUGCUUCCCAAGUUCAAGGGGCUGCAGGCUCUCAAAUCGGAAUGAUGGUCAAUUCCUUCACCAAUGUCACUGUGGCCAUAAUCAUUGCCUUCCUCUUUAGCUGGAAGCUGAGCCUGGUCAUCUUGUGCUUCUUCCCCUUCUUGGCUUUGUCAGGAGCCGUGCAGACCCGAAUGUUGACAGGAUUUGCCUCCAAGGACAAGCAGGCUAUGGAGAGAGUGGGACAGAUUGCAAGUGAAGCUCUCAGCAAUAUCCGCACGGUUGCUGGAAUCGGGAAGGAGAGGUGGUUCAUUGAAGCAUUUGAGACUGAGCUGGAGAAGCCUUUCAAGACGGCCAUUCGGAAAGCGAAUGUUUACGGAUUGUGCUUUGGCUUUUCCCAAAGCGUAGUGUAUGUUGCUAAUUCUGCUUCCUACAGAUACGGAGGCUACUUAAUCCCCAAUGAGGGGCUGCACUUCAGCUAUGUGUUCAGGGUGAUCUCUGCAGUUGUGCUUAGUGCAACAGCUCUUGGAAGAGCCUCCUCUUACACCCCAAGUUAUGCCAAAGCUAAAAUAGCAGCGGCACGCUUUUUUCAGUUGCUGGACCGACGACCCCCAAUCAGUGUCUACAGUAGUGCAGGUGAAAAAUGGGACAACUUCCAGGGGAAGAUUGAUUUUGUGGACUGUAAAUUUACGUAUCCUUCUCGCCCCGAUGUGCAAGUUCUGAAUGGCCUCUCCAUAUCGGUCAGUCCAGGGCAGACACUGGCAUUUGUCGGAAGCAGUGGAUGCGGCAAAAGCACCAGCGUUCAACUGUUGGAACGUUUCUACGAUCCUGAUCAGGGGAAGUUGAUGAUAGACGGGCAUGACAGCAAAAAAGUGAAUGUCCAGUUUCUCCGCUCAAACAUCGGAAUUGUGUCCCAGGAACCAGUGUUGUUUGCCUGUAGCAUAAUGGACAAUAUCAAGUACGGGGACAACACCAAAGACAUCCCCAUGGAAAGAGUCAUAGCAGCCGCGAAGCAGGCUCAACUGCAUGACUUUGUCAUGUCCCUGCCAGAGAAAUAUGAAACUAACGUUGGCUCCCAGGGGUCUCAGCUUUCUCGAGGGGAGAAACAGCGCAUUGCUAUUGCUCGGGCCAUCGUCAGAGAUCCUAAAAUCUUGCUACUGGAUGAAGCCACUUCUGCCUUAGACACAGAAAGUGAAAAGACGGUGCAGGUUGCUCUGGACAAAGCCAGAGAGGGUCGGACCUGCAUUGUCAUUGCCCAUCGCUUGUCCACCAUCCAGAAUGCGGAUGUGAUCGCUGUCAUGGCACAGGGGGCGGUGAUUGAAAAGGGGACCCACGAGGAACUGAUGGCCCAGAAAGGAGCCUACUACAAACUAGUCACGACGGGAGCCCCCAUCAGCUGACCAGGCCCAAGAACUUCAUACAAGAUGGCACACCAAAUGGCUGGAGGGCUCAUCUGCUGCUUCCUUAGAGAGGAAUGUCCAUAUUUUACUUUUACAGACAUUGCCAUACAUUGGGAGCCAAGUUAAUUUCUAAUGACGUUCAAUAAUAAUUCAGCUUAGAUGUUUAUAUAGCAAAUGAAAGAAAUGAGGCUGAGUGUGAAUGAAAAUGCAAUGUCAAGUGGUUGCUCAGCCGCCAGCUGGCACUUCUCUGUGCAGGAGCAGUCCUGCUUACUACAUGAGAAGUAAAGAAGACUGGACUCCUCCAGGGCAGAGGAUAUCCUUGACACUGUUGAACCCUAGGUGUGCCCAGAGGCUGGUCUAUGACAGGCACUGAACUAAGGUUUGUUUGACUAAAGUCAAACGUGAAAAGAACAGAAGGACUGGAGACCAGCUGUACUGGUCUGUGUCCUCAUCUGUACUCAUCUGUGUCCUCAUCACCCUCCUCUGUCUGUACUGGUUGCUCUUCUUUAUUUCCUGGAAAUCCUAUGCAUGUAAUGAAAACAGUGCAUUUUAUUUUGCUCUACCUUUAUAAAAUGUUAUCCAUAAAAGCUGGUUAAAUAUGGCAGGAAAAACUCAAGUUUAUCCCUGUUCCCUCAAAAUACCAGUUCUCCUAAUGGAGAAUUAAAGAAGGCAUGAAUCUACAAGAAUAAAGCAAACAAGAUGAUGCCAGAAACCAGAUUGGGGGAGCCAGAAAUCAAAUGGACAACUGAUAGAGGAUUUGAAAGAUGAGAACAAACAAAAAUGUAAUCUGUUAGUGAAGGGAAGCCUAGAGGCAUCUGUUUUGUACCACAGCUCCUUAGAAAAGCUCAGGAUGUAAAGAUACUGACUGGCUCCUUUUGGAAGGGGGAGGCCAGAUGUGGCUGAAGACAGAAGAAUUGACCGAAGCCUUCCUGGGUGAAGCCUGCCCUUCCACAAUCCAAGCAGAAGAUUGGAUGCUCCCUCUCUGGGAAGUUCACAGACAGGCUUGGAUUUAAGGACAUAGGUUGCCAUUGAAGGGGUGGCAAGCAUACAAGAGAUAGGAGGAUUGAGUGCAAAGUCUUUAUGUGAUCAGAAAACUCUCAGCCCCUUCCUGCCUCUGCAGGAGAUUAAAGAAUCAUUCUCUGGGAAAACUGGCCAAUCUAAGAUAGGAGACCCAUAACUGCUAGGGAUCCUCCAAUGCAAAUUUUGUAUCCAGAUUGUCCUAGGGUGAAGCCCACUUGCCAACAGCCAGCACUCACUCACUCAGCUUCCCUAGGCUUUCAGUGUCUCCCCAUGCCGUGCAUAGAAAUGGACUGCCCAGGCUCACCAGACACCAAGCAGAUAUUUUAACAUAUAAAUCAAAAGCAACAACAAUAGAACAUCCAGGAAAGGGCAGUGCCUGUGGCUCAGUGGGUAGGGCACUGGCCCCAUAUACCAAGGGUGGCGGGUUCAAACCCAGCCC